CGCGGCUUUCUGGAGGGCCCGCCCGCCCCGUGAGAUGCUCUAGAGGCGGGAGAGGCGGCGGUUCCGGUUCCGAAGCUGAAGCGGCGUUGGGCUGAGAUCUUGGCUUACUUGCUAAGUCCCCGCCGCCUCUGGGCCCGGCCCCCCCACGCCGUGCUGCCGUUGCGGGCGGCGCGGCUCGACGCGCGGCGAAUCUGCGGCUGCGAAUCGGUGGCGGGGCCUCGCGAGAGUCAGGGCGGGCGAGCGGGCCCGGGACCGGGACCGAACACGGGCACCCAACACCGGGACUGGGACUGAACACCGGCACCGAACAUUGCGAUCGGCACAGGGACUGAGCACUAGGACCGAGCACUACGAUCCGCACCGGGACUGAGCACUGCGAUAUAAGUACCGCGCGCUAACCGAUUGCGCCACUGGAGCUCCGGGACUGAGCACCGGGACCGAGCCCCGCACCGAGCACUGGGGCUGAACAUCGGCAUCCGCUCAGCGCCGGGACCGAACGUUGGCACUGAGCAUUGCGGUCGGUGCGGGGACGGACAGUGAGCACCGGGACUAAGCACCGGCACUGAGCACUGCGAUCGGCAGCGGGUCUGGUCUUGAAUCCUGGGACGGGCAUCGAGCACCUGCCCUGAGCACUGGGACUGAGCUCCACACAGAGCCCCGUAUCGACUACCUCCCGGGACCUGCACCGAGCACCAGCACUGACACCGUGCCCCACGGGCGGUACUGCAGCUGCACCUGCCCGCACCACAGCGAGGGCUGUCCCAGCGCGGGGCCCGCACCCGCACCCGCACCCGCCUGCAGCCGGCCGCCCGGGAUACGCCGACAUGACGGGCCGCGUGUGCCGCGGGUGCGGGGGCACCGAUAUCGAACUGGACUCCGCGCGCGGGGACGCCGUGUGCACCGCCUGCGGCUCGGUGCUGGAGGACAACAUCAUCGUGUCCGAGGUCCAGUUCGUGGAGAAUAGUGGCGGCGGCGCCUCGGCCGUGGGCCAGUUCGUAUCUCUGGACGGUGCUGGCAAGACCCCCACCCUGGGCGGCGGCUUCCAUGUGAACCUGGGGAAGGAGUCCCGUGCACAGACCCUGCAGAACGGGCGGCGGCAGAUCCAUCACCUGGGGAACCAGCUGCAGCUGAACCAGCACUGCCUGGACACGGCCUUCAACUUCUUCAAGAUGGCUGUGAGCAAGCACCUAACUCGAGGCCGCAAGAUGACCCACGUCAUUGCCGCCUGCCUCUACCUGGUGUGCCGCACAGAGGGCACGCCCCACAUGCUGCUGGACCUCAGUGACCUGCUGCAGGUGAAUGUGUACGUGCUGGGGAAGACAUUUCUGCUUCUGGCCAGAGAGCUGUGCAUCAACGCACCUGCCAUCGACCCUUGCCUGUACAUCCCACGCUUCGCACACCUGCUGGAGUUUGGGGAGAAGAACCACGAGGUGUCCAUGACGGCCCUGCGGCUGCUGCAGAGGAUGAAGCGGGACUGGAUGCACACGGGCCGGCGGCCCUCAGGGCUCUGCGGGGCAGCACUCCUGGUGGCUGCUAGGAUGCACGACUUCCGGAGGACAGUCAAGGAGGUCAUCAGUGUGGUGAAGGUGUGCGAGUCCACCCUGCGCAAGAGACUCACGGAAUUCGAGGACACUCCCACCAGCCAACUGACAGUGGACGAGUUCAUGAAGAUUGACCUGGAGGAGGAAUGUGACCCGCCAUCCUACACAGCUGGCCAGAAGAAGCUGCGGUUACAGCAGCUGGAGCAAGUACUGUCUAAGAAGCUAGAGGAGGUGGAGGGCGAGAUUUCCACCUACCAGGACGAGAUCGAGAUAGAGCUUGAGAACAGCCGACCAAGGGCCAAAGGAGCACUGGCCAGCCUAAACCAGGACGGCUCCAUGGAGGAUGCCAUCCUGUUUGGUGAGGAGGACACGGAGGAUGAGGAGCUGGAAGUGGCUGCCAGCCACCUGAACAAGGACUUCUACCGAGAGCUGUGUGGCACCCCAGGGGGCUCAGAGGCCCCAGUGGGUGCUGAGGGUGACAGCAGGCCACCUGACCUGGAGGCCCUGCUUGGGCCGCUGCCCACAGCCGCCAGCCUGGGCAUCUCGGACUCCAUCCGCGAGUGCAUCUCCUCUCAGAGUGGUGACACCAAGGAUGCCUCUGGUGAUGGGGAGCUUGACCUCAGCGGGAUCGAUGACCUGGAGAUAGAUCGGUACAUCCUCAAUGAGGCGGAGACCCGGGUGAAGGCUGAGCUGUGGAUGCGGGAGAACGCCGAGUACCUGCAGGAGCAACGUGAAAAAGAAGCAAGAAUUGCCAAGGAGAAAGAGCUAGGCAUCUACAAAGAGCACAAGCCCAAGAAGUCCGGCAAGCGAAAGGAGCCAAUCCUGGCGAGCACAGCUGGGGAGGCCAUCGAGAGGAUGCUGGAGCAGAAGAAGCUGUCCAGCAAGAUCAACUACAGUGUGCUGCGAGACCUCAAUAGCAAGGGUGCUGGCCCCCUGCCUGAGGAGGCCCCCACCCAGGGCCAGCCCCGGCCCCGCCGGCCCCCCCGCAAGUCCCGGGCAAGGAGGCCCGACCCCCCCAGCAGCAAUGUGGGCAAGAGGUUGAGGCCAGCUAUGUCCACGCAGCCAGCAAAGAGGGCAGCUGUGGGAGAGACUGCACCCCCUGAAAGCAACCCUGCCCUGGGGGCUGAGCUGCCCAGGCCCGGGGUGGCAGCCACGGUGGUGGUGGAGAGUGGGCCAGUGUCCUACCACGCAGAGGAGGAGGCAGAAGACGAGGAGGCAGAGGAGGAGGAUGGGGAGCCCUGCGUCAGCGCCCUGCAGAUGAUGGGGGCCGACGAUUAUGGCUGUGAUGGGGACGAGGAUGACGGCUACUGAGAGCCAGGUGCCCCGGACUGCCUGCUGCCUGCAGCCCCUGCAACCACAUGACCCUGUGGGCCAUCCUUGGAGGAGGAAGGAGCUUCUCUGCCCACGGGGAAUCUGGGAUGGACGUCAGCAAGGCUCUUGCCAGUACCCCUCCCAGCCUGCUCCAGCCUCACCCUGAAGAAGCAGAGUGUGGUCCUCUUCCUUGAAGGGCCUCCCGGCCCAGGGCUACCAGCCAUGACAUGGCCCUGAGUGCAAGAUGAAAGGCCAGGAGAAGGCUACACUGCUCCCCGAGCUAGGGUGCACCCCAGGCUGUGCCUGCUCCCCAGGCCAUGGACUAGUUUAGUGUCCCCGAGGUGCUGCCCCUUGGAGCUGAGAGGCCCCAGAGGAGAAGGUGGACUGCAGACCUCCCAUAGCCCUGUUCCAGGGGAGGCCGGGCCUUUCAGGGUCCCAGCGCAGAACAAAGACUGAUUCCUUUGGCAGAGAUGAGACUGCUGUGUGAUUCUGCCCUGUGGUGCCAGCUGUGGGGGCUCCUGCCCAGUACCCAGGGGCCCCCUGUAUGGCGCCUCCUGGUGCUGGAUCCCCUGAGGAGGAUCCUCCCCAGCCUUCUCUGGGACUAUGAGAAUAGCCACGGAGGUCAGGGGACUGGAGGGUCACACACUGGUAUAGGUGGCCUGAGGCAGUGCUGGUGGAGGGGCAGGGUGUCCAGUACCCUGGGUGGCAGUCCCAGCCCUCCCCUUGGCCGCUCACCCCCUCCCAGAGGCCUCAUGUGCUCAGCACUUAUACCCACACCCUCCGUCCAGGCUGCAGGUGGGACCCUGGUGUCCUGGCAGUGUUUGUCCUCUAAGCACAGGGUCUCCUGUUCCCAGACCAUCUGUGGAGCCUGCUCCCACUUUGAGCUGGGGGACCCUGAGACCACCCCCAAGCUUGGUUGCAGGUUGGAUGCUGGUCCUCGUGGACACCACGGACAUAAGAGAGGUUGGACCUAGCCAGGGUGGACAGAGACCAGGGUUCCAGCCUCAAGAGACCCCGCUGGCUGCUUUAGCUCCUCACACACAGCCAGGCCAGGCUCUAGGACACAGCCCUGGGAGGCUGCAGUGUCUGCCUGUAGGCGGCAGAGGGCACCCUGAAGCUGGCUCUGGGCUUGGACUACGUGCCUGCUGGGCAGCCUUUCCCUGGAGAUGCCUGGGCCUGGCUGGUGGGCAGGGAGGGCAGCUGAGGGCCUUCAAAGUGGCCGCUUUAUGGCUUCCUGUGCAGGGAGGGACACUAGGGAAGCAUUGUCCAGGCACAAUGGUCCCUGGGGCAGGCCCACCCCCUCCUCCACUUGACCUUGACCUGUCCUGCCUCAGGGCCUCUGACCUGCCCAGACCAGAGAGGGGUUGGGGGAGGUGACCAUAUGGUCAAGGGGCCAAGCCUCAUCCCAGCCCAUGCGGUGGAUGCGCCAGACGGGAGGGACACCCUGCCUCUCCACCAGCACUGCCCUGGGUUUGCGCUGACCAGAAGCUGUGCAGGCUCGGCAGGCAGGUGGCCCAGGGCAUGCCCAGUGGACAUGUGGCCUUGCCCACACAGCAGGAGAGGCUGGUAUGGCCCCUGGAGGCUGGCUAGAUGUGGCCACUAACAUGGCAGGCAGCCUGGGACCAUGCCUCAACACUUCAACAAGCACAACAUUCCAGGACACUUUAGAUGGAAGUGGCUACCUCUACGGAGUGCAGCCCUGACUGUUACAGUACCUGGGUUUGAGGAGUGGGGACAUGGGGGAUGGUGGACCAUGCUGUGGUGUCUCCACAUCAGGAAUUAAAGGCUCUCGUCUCCUGGA